UUUAACUUUUAAUAUAAUGUAACUCAACAUUUGAAGAAAUUUAGAAUGAGUAUUACUUUUAAUAACUUAUACAACUCGGAAUGGACCACUCGAGGCUUGAUUCAUCCAUUCGAGGGACCCAUGAAGCUGGAGCGGUCCACUUGAGCCAGAUCCGUCCCAGGCUCGCUGAAGAGGACCGCAAGAAAGGACUGCCGGAGAGGACCGCUGCAGCAGUGGCUUGUUUGGGAGACUUGCUCGAUCUGGUGGUGGAUCGACGGAAGGAGUUGCUCGGAAAUGAGGACUGCCAGAAAGGAGGACCGCCCGAAAUGAGGACCGCUAAAAGGAGGCUCGUCAUUUCCGUCCACGGCAUGCCACUGCCGUCCGAGGCUCGCCACUGCCGCUUGUGGCUCGCCAGGGAAGUGGGAGCUCGCUGUCGGACCAAUGCUAAAGUGGCUGUGGUUUGCUGCUGGAUCCCGUCGGAGGUGAAGCACGCUAGAGGGCUCGCCGAUCUGGGAGGAUGCUCACCGACCCUGGUGGAGGGUACUGCAGCAGCCCUACCGCGUGCUCGCUGCUCGCCGGAAAGAUCCCCGUCGUCCGUGGCUCGCUGGUGGUCUGGACUCUAGCUCGCCGUUCGUCGAGAAGAUCCCGUUGUUCUUCAUGGUUUGCCGGAGGAAGGAGGAGGCUCGUUGGACCUGGUUGUGGU